AUGCCUGUAAAGGCAGCAAAAGGUAAAGGGAAGGGAAGAAAGGGCGGCGUAAAGGGUCCAAAGAAAGCGCCAAAUAAAGCAAUCACCCUUGCCCUUGGCCACCCGCCAGCGGUAGGUCCCUGGAAUCCCCUGCCGCUGGACCAACAAAUUGAUGCGUUUGCUGGUGCCAUUGCCAAACCUAAUGCUGUCGUAACCUCGACUGCUGGUGGCCCUACUCUUUGUGGGCGAGGCAUUUUGAGCAGCGGAAAGCCUGCAGCCCCACCGCGGUAUUUUGUUCCUACCCGGGAUGCCGCCAUUGCUGCCAUAACAAAGGCAGCUGAGGCCAGGCGGCAGCGCGAGCUUGCUGCAGCAAACCAAGAGACUGAAGCCGCAUCUGCGGCAACAGCAGCAACACAUGCUUCCGCUGCUGCAUUUCGCGCGGGCUCUCUGCAUUCCAAUGCCCAAUACUGCGCCAUGGCGCGCACCCUUAGCUGUCUCAGAGAAAACAUUGAGGCCGAGACUAGCAAAGGAAACAGUGGUACUACAAAAACUCUAGACCCAACAGCAAUAGGCGAGAGGCGAAUGUAUACUGAACUGCAACGGCAGCUGCUGUUGCUGCAGCAACCAAACGCACCCACCAGUCAUCUGCGACAGCUCGAAGCAGUGUACAGGUGGUACAAAAGAUCCUGCUGCCCUCAACAGCAACAACAGCAGAGGCUGUCAAAGCAGCAGCAGCCGCUAGAGCAGGAGAAGGGGGAGGAGGCAGCAAAACAUUGGGGUGGGUCACUAGAUGGACCAACAGAGGAGCCUGUCGCGGGUUCGGUCUUUUGGAAGCCGCCAGUUGAUUCUCCAUUGCUGGAGCGAGCGCCUAGUGUCACGCAACAGUGGCAGCAACAGCAGCAUCAGGAUGAAGGGCCAGUGGAAUCGGGCUUUUGCAAAUAUGUUUACUCGCACACUCCCCUGUGCACGCCGGCAGACAAACUGCGACUCUACCGAAUAAAUCUUUUGUUCAGGCCCAGGCCGCUGGUAAGAAGGAAACUUAAUGGUGGGGAUUCGAAACAGCAACAGCCAAAACAGCGGCCAUGGAACAGCGGCAGCAAUAGCAGUAGUCGUAGGAGCCCCUUUGCUUAUCAGCCAGCUCACGGGCAGCCUCCCUGGGGUCUUGUUCUCCCCGAUCAAGAAGGCCAGACGGAAGACCCCACUCCAGCGCCAAUGAGACCGCGCCAGUGGCAGUUCGAGGGUAAGGCAAUGCACAGCAACAAGCCCCCGCGAGAGUGGGCGAAUGUUGGUGCUGUGGCGGUUACGAGAGUGGUUUCUUUCAUGAUUUGGUGCUUUGGUGUUUUCGGCGCGCCUUGUUCUUCUGCGGCCUCAGGCCGGGCAGUUGUGUGGGCAGAGUGGGGUUUGGGAGGUUACGUUGGCUCCGACCGCCGGUCCCUCAUCCAGGCUCAACUUCAUGCACGAUGGCUGGCUGGUCGACAGCGAGAACAGGCACAAGCAGAGUGCGCCAUACCCUACACGGCACGCCCUAGUGAUCUUUAUACCACUGCGUUUUAUGCUGUUGCAUGCACCAGAGGGUUUACGGUUCAACCAAUAGUCUUUGCUGCUCAGGAGAGAGGCGACACCUCAAAGGGUGAGCGACAGCGGCGGCAAAAGCUGCUACUGCAAGAGCGACAAAGACAGCGACUCCAGGACCAGGGGCACACAACGCGUGGUGUUAGAGCGCUGCCAGACUCCGUCCAUGGGCUGCAUCCCAAGGGUCGCAGGCGUGUGUGGGCGGGUCUGAGCUCCUCUAUGGAUGCAUUGGACCAGCCGUCAGCAGCGGCGAAAAGCUGCUCACCAAGAUCAGCAACUGCGGCAACGAACAAAAAGUCAUACGAAGCGGAGGCCACCGUUGUCUCAUGGGACGCCUACGCACAGCGGGGGUGCACAGUUGGAACAGGUCGCACAAGUAGAGCACCAGCAACACCAGGCGCUGCCCCUGUUGCUGCCGCGAAUGCCGUUUCGUCUGGCGGACCCGGCAGAGGCAAUAAAAAAGCCGAAAUCGCAAAAGAAGGGGCGUGGAAAGAAGAAAGCCUAGAGCUAUAA